CCCCGCCGAGGGCGGCCCGGGGGCGGUGCUGCGGCCGGCGGCGGGGCCCCGCUCAGGUGCGGCGGGCGGAGGCGGCGGCGGCGGGCGGCGCAGUGUCCCCUGGGCCGCCGCCAUGAGCAGCGCGGAGCCGCCGCUCGGGCUCGGGCCGCGGGCGCAGCCCGCCUGGAAGCGGGAGAUCCUGGAGCGAAAGCGGGCCAAGCUGGCCGGGGCGGCCGGCGGCGAGCCGGAGCCCCCGGCGGGGGAGCGGCUGGUGGUGGCGGAGAGCUUGGGCCCGCUGCGGGAGAACCCCUUCAUGCGGCUGGAGAGCGAGCGGCGGCGGCUGCGGCAGGGGCUGCCCCGGCACGGCCCGGCGGCGGCGCGGCCGCUGCAGCAGCUGCUGGAGCUGUACAGCGCCGUGCCCGGCAUCCGCACCAUCCGCGCCGACAACAUCCUCAUCAUCGAGUCCCAGCCCGACGCCGCCGGCUGCUUCGCCGAGGGGGACGCGCCGCCCGGCCGCCGGCGGGACCCGGCCGCCGGCCCCGACCCACUGCGGGAGCUGCUGGCCCGCCGCGGCGCCGCGCUCGCCGAGAUCCGCGCCGACCAGGUCGUCAUCUACGAGGCGGCCGAGCCCGAGGCGGCCGAGCCGGGCACCGUCAGCCGCCUCCUGGAGAAGUUCGGGCAGCGGCCGCGGGGCCGCCGCCGCCGCGGCGGGGAGGCGCUGAGCGGGCUCGGUCCGGGCGGGGCGGCCGCCCCCCCGCAGGUGGGACCCGGCUCCCCCCGCGCCUCGGCCCCGAAGGCGCGACCGGCAUCUCCGCGGCCGCCGCCGGCUGCCCCCCGGGCUGCACCCCCGGUGCCGGCCGCCCCCCCCGCCCGCUGCCCGUCACCCCCGCAGCCCGCGGCCCCCCAGGCUGUCACUCCCCAGCCCUCGGCCCCCCAGGCAGUCCCAGCCCCCACCAAGGCCGCGGCAGCCCCGGCUGCCCCCCGGCCCUCAGCCCCCCAGGUGGUGCCAGCCCCCCCCAAGGCCGCAGCCCCCCAGGCCAACUGCUUUCUCCACAAGAUCGGCUCCAACUCCUUCACCGUCACCCCCCGGGGCCUGCCCCCGGGCGGCCGCAUCCCCGAGCCCCGUGCCCCGGCCGCAGGCCGCCCCGCACCACCCCAGGGGCCGCCAGUGCCAUCGCCCAGCGCUCCCCACGCCAGAGCCAACGCCAGGAGGCCAAAGCCGGAGGAGGCUGAAGCGGCCCCGUCACCCGCGCCCAGUGCCACUUUGGCACCCAGUGCCGCCCUGGCACCCAGUGCCACCCUGGCCCCCAGUGCCCCCAGUGCCACCGGCUCCGUGCAGCCGCUCUCCGCCUCUGCCCCCCGGGCCGGGGGCUCCUUUGAAAUCCACCCAGCCCCCAAGCCUGACCUGGCCGCCAUCCCAGCCCACGACCUUCAGGCGCAGGCCCUGGCCAAGCUGCGCCUCAAUUCACGCAAUUCCUUCCUCUUCGUGCCCCGCCGGGAGGGCGGCCCAGCUCUGCCCCCGGCCCCCAGCGCCAGCACCGGGCCGCCGUCCCCCGAGGAGAAGGCACUGAAGGAGCCCCCGCGGGCCCCCGCCCCGGAGCAGGAAGAGCCUGUCGCUGCCCCGCCGUCGCCUCUGGAUCCCUCGGUACCGGUGACUUACAUCGAUGACAUUGUGGAGCUGGACAGCGGGGAGCUCUCGCCCAGGGCCAGCUCGGCUGCGAGGACGGGGAGCUUGGUGGAUCAGCCUGGAGGAGCUGGCCCUCACCUGGAGAUGGAGUUCUCCUCCGUGCCCCUCUACAGACCACACUCUGCCCCCCACCAGAGGGGAGGCAGCACCUUCACUGUCGUGCCCAAAAGGAAGCCCGUUGCCCCGGGGCUGCAGGCUCUCACUGAUGCCGGUGGAAGGCCACAGCGGGAGGAGGAGGAGGAUGAGGAGGAGGAUAGCAAGGGAAAAAGCAAAGUCGCAGAGAACGCUGAUGGGCCCCAAACAGGAGUGUCCCAUAAAAAGCGCUACCCCACGGUGAACGAGAUCGAAGUGAUUGGGGGGUACCUGUCCCUGGAGAGGUCCUGCAUGAGCAAGACGGGCUCUCACCGCAAGAAGAUGAAGAUCUCUUUCAAUGAGACAAGUUUGCAGACCAUGUUUGAGUACCCUUCGGAGAGCUCACUGGCAGAGGAAGAGGAAGAAGAGGAAGGACAUGCUUCUGAACCGGAGGAGGACAAAUCUCGAACCUUGUACAUUCCACGCCCAAAUAGCACUUUGCAUCCCAAUACACCUAACUCAGCAGAUUUAUCCAGCUACACCCCAAAGCACUCUGUGAAGUUCAGUGAGUGGCAGGAGCAGAAGUAUGAGGAGAUGCCUGCUGCGGAGGGGUGCCUCCCAAAGGAAGCUGAUUCCCAUGGGAACCAAGUGAUGCUCACCCCAGCAGAGAAGGGCGGACUCUCCGAUUUCAGCAGUGAGCCUGCUCUCUAUUUUUGAUCGCUUUCAUCUUCUAGCCUGCAGCAGCGGCCGCUGGACAAAACGUGUCAGUGCACCUUCCGAAUGUCCCUGCAAGCACCACAGAAAUAAGCUUCUGGGUCCCUCCCUCACCACAGUUUUCGAUGGAUCCUGAUGCCAAGGGUGGACUAGAUGCUGUCAGGCAUCUUCGGAGAAUAUUUGCACUGGAUUCUGGGACCUAACUACCACUUUUAAGGCAUACGAUUUAUUCUACCUGUGGCCUUGCAUAUUCCUUGUUCAAGAUCAGCUGCCAUUUAGGCAAGCAUCUUCACAACAGCUAUGUAAUCCCAGGAUGGGUGUUGGUUCUCUCAGUACUUUUCCGAGUCCACUCAUCCAGGCACUGUGUGGGGUCUGGACAGCUUUUGUAACACUCCUCCCAUCGGAGGCCCCAGUGGAGAACAGUCCUGGAGCUGGGGCGCUGGGAGUAUCUGGGCAGUUAGCUGGAUUCACAGUCAUCGUCGUGAUUUGACAGCUAGAUUGGGCGUCAGUUUGGAAAACCAUUGAAGGUUCAUGGUUCUCAGCAUGUGUCUGGGUCUAGUUUCGCUGAACCAUCAUGGAAUUAACGUGCCAGUUACAUACUUGUGAAGGAAUCACUGUGUGAGGGAUGGGAAGGGAAUAAAUGCCUUUAGCUCUAGGUGACAUUUUUGCACUAUCUAUAGUCCAGACUAGCUUGAGCCUCUUGACAAUUCCCAAACAUUGGCCAUAGCUUUGAUCUGUCCGUAUCCAGCUCUGGCAUCCAGUCUCUAGGACCUGCUGGUUGUGCUCCACUUUGCCGGUUCCUCUUGUUGCUUUGUUCCAGCAUCUAAGGGGGCCAGGCCCAAGAGUCAUCUGCCUCGGUUGGCAGGGAGGCUUCCUUCUAGCCAUGCUUGCUUCGCUCCUCCAGUGCAAAGCACAGGAGGGAAAUUUAACUCCCUUCCUUCUGCAGAACUUGGACAAGGAAUAUGUUGUUUUUUCCUAGGAUUUUUAUAGUUCUAUUGUAAUUGUUUAAUGCAGCCAAUAUGCAAAGGAAUCUGUUAGACCUUUCCAUUUAAGUCUUCUACUACUGUAAACUCAGGGUCAAAAUUGCACUCUGGAAAAGAUGGAACACUGCUGCUAAUAUGAUUUGUACUUCUGGGAUUAAAAGAGAUGCAGUUGGAAUAGAUACAGCCUCUUUGGGCUUUAUGAAAUGAGUGGUACCCCAGCAUGUAGCUCUGUCCAAAGGAAUAGGCUGUUAUCUUUGAGUAAAUUUGAUACAUUUAUUACUUUGUCUAUUAUAUAUAGAUGAUGAAAGUCUGUUCAAGGUGACGCUGGUCUAUGAAGUGAAAAUACUCUUCAUAACUUGCGCUUGUUUUGGUGUGUAUUGUAGCAGCAGGAGGAAGGUUGUUCUGCUGAAAAAUACGGUCAGGACUAAAUGUUAGGAUAUACCUACUUCUAGCUGUUCUUUUCUGCCUUGAGUGCCUAAAUAUUGCUGGAACGAUAAUGCAAAAAAAAAUAAUACUGAGAUACUCAGCAGUUUGUUAGACUUUGGCUGGAGGGGCCACUGGGGAAUACUUUCUGCCUCCUUGCACUUCUAAGGCUUGGCCUUUUCAAGCUGGCUCAAGAUCUGCUCCCUGUGUGACCUUCUGGGAGAAGUGUGUGGCUGGCAGCACAUCUGCCUGUGACACGACGUGAGUACCAUGGAAAUGGCAAUGAAUCCCAUGUGCUAAGGCUCCUCCUGCUAAUGAAAUAGUUCAGGACAAGAUGCUGAGGCAGGGGUGGAAUGAGGAAAAAUGCAGGACUGCUAGUGACUGCUAGACUUAAGGGAUGAGUAAGUUAUCAGGUAUGCAGAGUUAAAUACUGAGCAGUACCUGCAGCCAGUAGCUGUGCAUGCAGCCAAAGGAGAUCAGGGACUAUGUUGGAAGACAAGGUUAUGCACAGCUUUUCUAGCAGAAAAGGUGCUGGUGAGCAUCUUGCACUGUGGAAAAGCUCAGGCCAGUUUAAGGCAGCCCUAUUUCUAGAUUUGCAACUUGAUAAAACUGCACGUGGUAAAGUAAAAGCUACUUGUAAUUAAAAGUUGGGGACAAGGUGUCUGUACUGGUCCCGACUUCAUUCUGCUGUGGGUCAAUGAGGAACACUAAAGCCAACAACAUCCUGCAGCUUGUUCCACUGACUUGAGCCAACUAAACUGCUGCUCUGGUACUCUGCGUGCUGUUCUCAGUGAGUUAGCACUGAGAACAACUUGCCUGGUUAGGACAGGCUCAGUGGAGGCAUGGGAGUACAGAGUGUGCUUCUCAAGAGGAGGACGUUGGUGCCCUGCCUGGCGUGCUGCUCACUUCUCUACUCCUUCCUCCAAUUUGCCUGCUUUACCUUGCAGCUGUGACUUGCACCUCGUUGGGUGCUGCCUUUGCGCUUCCCGGCUUUGUUCUUGAAUCCCUGGCUGUUCCAGAUGAACUCUUUAUUAGCUUGCUCUUGGCAGAGCAAGGUGAAAGUGGUUUUGAGGGCUGAAGCGUUAGCUGGUAAGUCACCUCCUGGGAUACGCUUCAGUAUCUCUGUGCUCAAACUAAAGUAGAUGCCUACCCUGAUCUCUAGCAUUGAUACACUUUAGCAGAUCUCUCAUGAAUACCAAAGUGCAUCUGAAAGGAAAAUUUACUUUUCCAAAACAAAGACUUUGAUUAAAUGUGGCAUCCUUGUACCAGAACAGCAGCUGUCCCAGACCAACAGGACUUUCCAGGCUGAAGAACAAGUUUAGGAAUGCUUUUGUCCACGUGCUUGUUUCUCUUUUUUUCCUUUUGAAGUGCUUUGCGGCUCACUGGCUUUACCAGCAUUCCCAGUUUCUCCCUUCAGGACAUCUAGCAACGUCUGAGAACUUUGCAGUAUCUGGGAAAGAAAGAAAUAAAAAUAGUUUUAUUUUUACAUAAACUGUUUCUGAGUUCCCUCUGAGUUCAGCUGAUCUAUCUUGCAGUAAGAGGGCUUCUCCAGCCCUUACAAUAUCUAAUUCUCAGCGACGUAUCGUCCCAUCUCAUGGUGGAGGAAUUUCUCUGGUUCGUGCCCAUAUUGGGAGUAUGAAACACCUUAAGCAAUUUACCUCCCUUGGAGCACAAGGCAAAGAACUUCCUGAAGCGGGCUGGGGGUGAAUUUUUGGGUUGGUUUUUUGCUUCUUUGUUUUAAAGGGAGAUGUUGAUACCUGGGCUUUUUAGAUCUGUAUGAAAUCAUGCUCAGCUGACCCAUUUUCAACCAUCUUCCACUGUUAAAAUGGCACACUUUGUUUCUUCCUUCAAGACUAACUCAACUCCACAAUGACCUUAAUUCAGACUAAAUUUUUUAUUCAUUUUCUCCUAUUUUUAGCUUAUACUGUACAUAAUCUAACAUUCCUGCUUAUGCUCUAGGAAGCAAGGCUACAAAUGGGUUUAAGAGAUAUUGCUGCCUGUCCUUACUGUUUAAAGUUUUAACGCAGUAGACAACUAACAAAACAUGAGAGUGGGGUUGUAGUCCCAAAGAUCACUUACGUUUCUAUGACCUUGUGGGAACAGCUGAGUGGUUGGAGGAGAGGCGGACAUAAGUGCUGUGCAGGAUGAGACACCGGUAGCACAUGGUGGUGGGAUAUUGUCAUCUUGUCUGUGGAAGAAAGUGAACUCCUGCGGCUGCUGGGGCUGGGGGAAGGCAAGGAGUGUGAUUCCGGGCAGAUGUACAUCCCCAGGGAAGGAACUUUGUUGCUGGUGUGUGUGCAGGGCGCCUGCCUUUCCCCUCCGAACCGCCUCUGCGUUCUACCUGCUGUGAGCGCCUUUUGAUUUCAAUAAACAUGAAUUCAUUUGUA